AGUCUCCCUAGUAUUUAAACCCACUCACACUCACUAGGUUCAUUCAUUUCCUUACUACAAACACACACACACACACACAGUGUAGCUAAGGUAAACUAGAGAAAUGGGAAGACCACCAUGCUGUGAGAAAAUAGGAAUAAAGAAAGGGCCAUGGACACCUGAAGAAGACAUCAUCUUGGUUUCUUACAUCCAACAACAUGGUCCUGGUAACUGGAGAUCUGUCCCUACUAAUACAGGUAUUAAAUUAACAUAUACCCUUCAACCGGAGACUCUUUUAAUUCCCUUUUACUCAUUCAUAAAGUAAUCUGAAAACUGAAAAUGGUUUAACUUGUUUGCCCUGAUAUGUACCUCAAUUGAAGGGCUGCUGAGAUGUAGCAAAAGUUGCAGGCUACGAUGGACGAAUUACUUGCGGCCUGGCAUCAAAAGGGGAAACUUCACUCCCCAUGAAGAAGGCAUGAUCGUCCAUCUUCAAGCCUUAUUGGGAAACAAAUGGGCUGCUAUAGCGUCUUAUCUUCCUCAGAGAACUGAUAAUGACAUCAAGAACUAUUGGAACACUCACUUGAAGAAAAAGAUCAUGAAAAGCACAUUCCAACCAGAUUCAAAUUCUUGUUCAACAACAACAACAAGACUGCUUCAUGAUGAGUUUGACACGAAAACUGGCCUAAAUCGAAUCCACAACUCCUCCUCCUCUUCCUCAGCUUCUUCCUCCUCCUCCACUCUGUAUGCCUCCAGUGCAGAAAAUAUUUCAAGAUUGUUACAGGGUUGGAUGAGAUCAUCAUCUUCUCCAAGAUCCAUUGCUACUACUAGUUCACCAAAUGGUGGCGGCGGAAGCAAGAUUUCCAAGUAUUAUAUACCAGUGGUGAUGCAGCAAGGGGAACUGGAGGGUGAAGAUGAUGAUCAUAGGGAUGAAAUCAAAUCAAUGUUGGCAUUUGAUCAUCAUCAUCAUCAUCAGAAUGCUUUGUUGCCUAAUUGGGAAAGAUCAUCUAACUGUGAUAAUUCUAAUGAUGGCCAAAAGAAGUCAUCAAGAACCAGUGUAAUUGAUGAUGAUGAUGAUGAUGGAGAGAAGCCAAAAAUGCAAGGAGAAAGUGAUGAUCAUAAUAAUUCUCCAGCAGCUCCUCUGUCAUUUUAUGAAAAUUGGUUGCUGGAUGAAAGCACUACUAUUGCUGCUACUACUCAAGUUGAAAAUCCAAUCAUCAAUCUUCUCAUUGAUUAUUAAUUAGUAUAACGGUUUGUACUUUUCUUUAGAAAUUACACGACUAUUAUUAUGAGACGUCAUACACUGUAUUUCUCGAAGAGAAACUAAUAAAAAAAAUCUCCGAAAAGUCUGAGCAAAGAAUCUCCUGAAACUAAUGUAUUCACACCCCCACUUUGGUACAAUUAUGAUUAUAAGAGCAAAGAUCAAACAUGUAUUAUAGAUUCUUGA